AUGAAGUUGAUCCUCUCUACCUCGAAUAUCAUGAACGGCGGUCGUCCGUCUGUCAUCCGCCAGCCGCUGACGCAGAAAUCCAACGUCGAGCUGAUUACUUCCCUACGGUCGAACUUCGUGGCCUCGCAAGCGAUCGAUACAGAGGUUCCGAAUGGGACCAACGGCGGGGCUAAUGGAACACACACCGAGAAGUGCCGUGACUAUUCUACCUGGACGGAGGAUCGCGAUAGUGCUCUCUACAUUCCGGCUGUGGACUUUUCACAGCCUGGUCUUUCCGAGGAGCGGGAUCAAUACGAUAUCACAGUGAAACUAUUCUAUCUGCCAGGAAUCCCGGCCUCGAGACGCUGCGCACACACCAGGGAGGCAAUUGAUUUGGUAUUGAAGGAGCUACAUGUCAAGUCUAUCGAUUUGCUGAUUGUCUCGUUCCCCGGGAUUCUAUUCGAUGCGGAUGACGACAGCGAUGAUGAAGGGUCCGAGUCCAGUGGAGAAGAUGACUUUGACAGUAUGGUGCAGACAUGGCACGUGCUAGAGUCUCUGCACGAGCAGGGCAUGAUUGCUCAAUUGGGCGUCGCUGAGUUUGGCAGCGAGCGGCUAGCGCGCUUCCUUCCUCACACCACAGUCAAGCCCUCCGUGGACCAGAUCAACCUGAAGGACUGUUGCGUGGUGCCCAAGUCCCUCAUUCUCUAUGCCAAGGAGGAGAAGAUCCAGCUCCUGACCCACAACGACUGCAAUGAUAUCCUUCCGGUCGGCACGACACGCGAGCUAUUGGGGCCUGCGGAUAAGGGCGGUGCGGGCAUUUUGGCUUCGGCGCCAGAUGCCAACGACGGGAUUCAGGGUCACAUCGAGACGCAGUGGGUCGUGAAGUAUACGGCGGUGGUGAAGGAUCGCGGAGUGGUCGAGAACAAGGGAUAUUUCGCUCUGGCAGAUGUGGGCACAUGCGUCAAGGCCCGGUCAUAA